ACAGUGAGAGAGAGAGAGAGAGAGAGAUUAAGAUUAAGAUUGAGAUUGAGAUUGAGAUUGCUUUUGAGGUCGGUGAGAUUAGCAGAAAUUUCAGAAACUUUUCCUUGUCUCUUUCCACUACACUUUAAUAAUAAAUCUGUUUUUAUCUCCACACAAUUUAAACCCUCUGUUGGUUUCCGCAAUGUGGCCUCUCUCUCUCUAAUCCCCUCCACUCCUCCCACCCUUCACCUUCGCAAAGUGUCGCCACCUCUCCCUCUCUCUCUCUCUCCUGUUCGGGGCUCUGCAAUAAAGAGUCGAGUCUCACUACCCGCGUAGUGAAAUGCCCAAAGCCAAUAUACACUACCCCCACCGCCGCGCCUCGUCCUCCUCUUCCGAAUCUCGCCUGAAGAAGAUCCAAGCUCUGCGCCGCCCCAAUUCCGAUUCCGGGAGAUGGCUUCGUCUUCGUCUCCCCUCUCCUCCUCCUCCUCCUCCUCCUCCUCCUUCGAUUCCCUGCCCUUGCUCGAGAAGGCCUGCGUUCUCGCGCAAUCGACGCUCAUCCUCUUCUUCCUCUUGCUCGCUUUGGGGCGGAGGGUGUUCCGAGCGGGCUCCAAAGAGCCCCCGAACGCCUCAAUCCGUGCCCAAUCCACCGCCAAUUCGGGCUCUGCUGCGGCGGCGGCGGCGGGGGGGGGUUGCUGGUUCAAGGCCACGGCUCUGUGCUGCUUCUACGUUUUGCUCCUGCAAUUAGCGGCGCUCGCGUAUGAAACGGUGCGCUUGGCGAAGGAAGGUGGGCGGCGCUUCUCCGCCGUUUAUGUGCCUCUGGUGCAAUCCCUCUCCUGGGCUCUUCUCUCUCUAUCCGUCGUCCACUGCAGCGGCCGCGCAUUGGAGAAAUUCCCCCUUUUGGUGCGGCUAUGGUGGUUCGUCUCCUUCUCCCUCUCCGCUUACAUCGCCCUCGUCGACGCCGAGGGUUUAAUGAGCGGCUCCUUCGCUCUCGGCUCGCAUGCGCUCGCCAAUUUCGCCGCGUUCCCCGCCCUCGCCUUCCUCUGCGUCGUCUCCCUCCGCGGCUCCACCGGAAUUGCCCUCGCUCCGGGGAAUCCCCGCCUUCGCGAGCCGUUGCUGGCCGAGGAGGAGGAAGGCGAGGACGAGAGAGAGCAGGGCUGCCAGAAGGUCACGCCUUAUGCUCAGGCCGGGCUCUUCAGCCUCGCCACUCUGUCCUGGCUUAACGCCCUGCUGUCCAUCGGCGCGAAGCGGCCCCUCGAGCUCAACGACGUGCCGCUCUUGGCUCAGAAGGACCGCGCCAAGACCUCGUAUAAGACGCUGAAUUCGAACUGGGAGAAGAGGAAGGCCGAGCACCCUUCCAGGGCGCCUUCUCUCGCAUUGGCGAUAUUCGAUUCGUUCUGGAACGAAGCGGCUUUAAAUGCUGUUUUCGCGCUGCUGAACACUCUCGUCGCCUACGUCGGCCCCUACAUGAUUAGCUACUUUGUCGAUUACCUGAGCGGAAAGAUCGCGUUUCGUCACGAAGGCUAUGUCCUCGCUUUGAUCUUCUUCAGCGCCAAGCUGGUGGAGACCGUCACCGCUCGCCAGUGGUACCUGGGGGUGGAUAUAAUGGGAAUGCACGUUCGAUCGGCUUUGACUGCCAUGGUGUACCGCAAGGGGCUGAGGCUGUCGAGCGCGGCCAGGCAAAGCCAUACGAGCGGCGAGAUUGUGAAUUAUAUGGCGGUCGACGUGCAGAGAGUUGGCGACUUCUCUUGGUACCUUCACGAUACGUGGAUGCUACCUCUGCAGAUACUUCUCGCUCUGGCUAUUCUGUAUAAGAGCGUCGGGAUCGCCGCUCUCGCGACGCUGGCUGCCACAAUUAUCUCUAUUCUCGUCACUAUCCCGCUGGCGAAAUUCCAAGAAGAUUAUCAAGAUAAGCUGAUGGCUGCUAAGGAUGAAAGAAUGAGGAAGACCUCCGAAUGCCUUAAGAACAUGAGAAUUUUAAAACUACAAGCUUGGGAGGACCGGUAUCGGUUGAUGCUCGAGGAGAUGAGGAAGACGGAGUUUGGGUGGCUGAAAAAGGCUCUGUACUCUCAAGCUCUCAUCACUUUCAUCUUUUGGGGUUCUCCCAUCUUUGUUUCGGUGAUAACUUUUGCUACUUCUAUAUUAUUGGGCCACGACCUAACUGCCGGCGGUGUUCUUUCCGCUUUAGCCACUUUCAGAAUUCUCCAAGAACCGCUUAGGAACUUCCCUGAUUUAGUAUCUAUGAUGGCUCAGACAAAGGUGUCCUUGGAUCGGAUAUCAGGUUUUUUACAGGAGGAAGAGUUGCAAGACGAUGCAGUAACAAAUGUUCCGCCUGGAACUACAGAUGUCGCUAUUGAAAUAAGAGACGGCGAUUUUUGUUGGGAUCCGUCUUCUUCACGGUCGACGCUAUCUGCGAUUCAAUUGAAAGUGGAAAAGGGAAUGCGUGUGGCUGUUUGUGGUGUUGUUGGUGCGGGGAAGUCGAGCUUUCUCUCUUGCAUACUUGGGGAGAUACCGAAGCUCUUCGGAGAAGUCAAGGUAUGUGGAUCUGCUGCUUACGUGUCUCAAUCGGCUUGGAUACAGUCUGGAAAUAUAGAGGAAAACAUUCUUUUUGGAUAUCCGAUGGAGAAGCAAAGAUAUAAGAAUGUUCUCCAUGCUUGUUCACUAAAGAAAGAUUUGGAAUUAUUCUCUCAUGGAGAUCAAACAAUUAUUGGGGAUAGAGGUAUUAAUCUAAGCGGUGGCCAGAAGCAAAGGGUGCAGCUAGCGAGAGCACUCUAUCAAGAUGCCGACAUUUAUUUGCUUGAUGACCCCUUUAGUGCGGUCGAUGCGCACACGGGAAGUGAGCUAUUCAGGGAGUACAUAAUGACAGCACUGGCUGGUAAGACCGUGAUAUUCGUCACUCAUCAAGUUGAGUUUCUUCCAGCUGCUGACAUGAUACUGGUCUUUAGAGAAGGUCAGAUAAUACAGGCUGGAAAAUAUGAAGAUCUUCUUAAAGCAGGUACUGACUUCAACAUUCUCGUUUCAGCUCACCAAGAAGCAAUUGAUGCAAUGGAUAUUUUUGAAAGUGCUUCUGAAGAUUUAGAAACUAGUACUUCUAAUGGAGAGAGUUCCCUAUUCAAUAAAAGGUUAACAUCAAGCAAAAGCAACAUUGACAAUAUGAACAGUGAGAUAUCGGAAAAAGAAUCAUUGUCUGAUAAAAAGGCAAGGAAGGAGAAGAAGAAAGCGAAGAGAAUGAAAAGAAAGCAGCUGGUUCAAGAAGAAGAGAGAGAAAGAGGAAAGAUCAGCUUUAAGGUGUACUUGUCAUAUAUGGCUGCAGCUUACAAAGGAGCACUUAUUCCUCUCAUUAUUCUAUCUCAGACAGCUUUUCAGGUGCUUCAGAUAGCUGGCAAUUGGUGGAUGGCGUGGGCAAACCCUCAAACUGAGGGAGAUAAGCCAAAGACAAAUAGUGUCGUUCUUUUAGUCGUUUAUAUGUGUCUCGCUUUUGGGAGUUCAGUGUUUGUUUUCAUUAGAGCUGUUCUUGUUGCUACCUUUGGUUUAGCAGCUGCACAAAAGCUGUUCAUAAAAAUGCUACGAACGGUUUUUCGAGCCCCAAUGUCCUUCUUUGAUUCUACUCCUGCAGGCCGGAUCUUGAACCGUGUGUCUGUUGAUCAAAGUGUGGUGGAUCUUGAUAUCCCUUUCAGGCUUGGUGGGUUUUCAUCAACAACAAUACAGCUGCUCGGUAUAGUUGGUGUUAUGACGAAUGUUACAUGGCAAAUUUUGUUUUUGUUCUUUCUUAUGGUGAUCGCUUGCUUAUGGAUGCAGAAAUACUACAUGGCUUCAUCAAGGGAGUUGGUUAGGAUUGUAAGCAUUCAAAAGUCCCCUAUAAUACAUCUGUUUGGAGAGUCUAUUGCGGGAGCUGCUACUAUUAGGGGGUUUGGUCAAGAGAAACGCUUCAUGAAAAGGAACCUUUUCCUCCUAGAUUGCUUUGCUCGACCAUAUUUCUGCAGUGUUGCGGCAAUAGAAUGGCUUUGUUUGCGCAUGGAGUUGCUGUCCACCUUUGUAUUCGCCGUCUGCAUGACUCUUCUUGUGAGCUUUCCACAUGGAAGCAUCGAUCCAAGUAUGGCAGGGCUUGCUGUUACGUAUGGCCUUAAUUUGAACGCCCGUCUAUCCCGCUGGAUAUUGAGCUUUUGCAAACUGGAGAACAAAAUUAUCUCUAUUGAGCGGAUUAAUCAAUAUUGCGAAAUACCUGGAGAAGCACCACCUGUUAUUGAGAACUGUCGACCUCCACCUUCAUGGCCCGAGUCUGGCGCAAUUGAACUGAUCGAUCUCAAGGUUCGUUACAAGGAGAGUCUACCAACAGUCUUGCAUGGAGUUUCGUGCACAUUUCCUGGUGGGAAGAAGAUUGGAAUUGUUGGGCGGACAGGAAGCGGCAAAUCCACUCUUAUACAGGCACUUUUCCGCCUAAUUGAACCUUCUAGUGGGAAAAUUAUAAUAGACAACAUAGACAUCUCCACCAUCGGCCUCCACGAUCUACGAUCCAGGCUCAGUAUCAUACCACAGGAUCCCACCUUGUUCGAGGGUACAAUCAGAGGCAAUCUUGACCCUUUAGAAGAGCGUUCUGAUUAUGAAGUUUGGCAGGCGCUUGAUAAGUGUCAGCUUGGAGAUGUGAUCCGCCAAAAGGAAGAAAAGCUCGACUCCCCGGUCUUAGAGAAUGGAGAAAACUGGAGUGUCGGACAGCGACAACUUGUUUCAGUAGGCAGGGCACUGCUGAAGCAGGCACGCAUAUUGGUGCUUGAUGAGGCAACGGCGUCGGUCGACACAGCCACUGAUAACCUCAUUCAGAAGAUCAUCCGAAGCGAAUUUAAAGACUGCACCGUCUGCACCAUUGCCCAUCGCAUCCCGACUGUUAUCGACAGUGAUCUUGUCUUGGUCCUCAGUGAUGGUAGAGUUGCAGAGUUUGACAGCCCAAUGAGAUUGUUAGAGGAUAGAUUCUCCAUGUUUCUGAAGCUGGUCACUGAGUACUCCACCAGGUCAAGCAGUAUCUGAGACCGUCGAGACCGCAAGGUUACGAUCAUCGAACUGGUGGAAGCGACAAAUAUAAAGCAGUAAAUAAGACAAUAAUGAUCAAUAGAUCUGAUCAAGCUCUAAACAGGGCUGAGGACUGACAGAGAGAGAGAGAGAGAGAGAGAGAGAGAGAGAGGAGAGAGAGAGAGUCUACCAGUUUCAACCAAUGAAAUUUCCCUAUAGAGAGAGGCUAAAGAAGUAGAAAAAUGAGUGAAAAAGUAUGUAACAUGUGCUAACUUUGCAAGAAGAUUUAACAUAUAGUUUUGAGUAGUACUCAGGCUGGCAAAUUUUCCUUC